AUGGAUGCGACUGGCAACAACACGAAUAACUUGGAAUAUCUAGUAUACGACAAAGACGCUACCAUUGUUAACCCUUCCACAGCAACGCGACCGACACCAAUCCAGCCUAUUACCACGAUCGUGCCCGUGCUAGACAGGACUGCAUACAAUGAAGCCGAAGAGACAGAAGGUAGCGAGAGGACACUCGACUACGUCCGAGUCCAGCUCAAGACCUUGCAAUACCUAGCAUCCCUCCCGGCAGACAUGCUCAACGGACAGCAAGCAUGCGAGUGGACGCAAAUGAUCUCGCCAACGAAUUUCAAGCCAACAGCACAAGAAGCACUGCGUCUAUGCUACUACCUGCGCUCCCAAGGCUUCGACACGUUUGCCACGUUCAAGCGCGGAUACAUGAGACUCUAUGUUGCAAACCAGGAGUCGUACACGCGGAAUCCACGUGUCGACGUGCUGUAUUGGAAGCAAGAUGUCACGACCAACGACGUCAGCUAUCAGUGCUCUCCCAGGACACCAGGGCUAGUAGUAGGAGGCAGACGCAACGCUGCUCCGAUGAUACCACUACAUUCCGCUGAGGGUCAAGCGCUUUACGACUACUACCACCAGCAACAAAGGCAAGACCAGCGUACGCUAGAUAGCCUUGCGACUCUCGCGUCUGCAGCAGAAAUUCGGUUGCAAAACUUGGUCGCUGAUGAGAAUCCUGAUCUGGGUGAAAUAGAAGUCACCCUUAUGCAACUGGAAGAAUACCGCGCACGGCUCCGUGGGGAUUAG